AUGAAUCAUCAAACUUUGAAAUACUUAGCUGCUUACUUAUUGUUGGUCAACGCCGGUAACACCACCCCAUCUGCUGCAGACAUCAAGAAGGUCUUGUCCGCCGUCUCUAUUGAGGUUGAGGACGACAAGGUCGAGAAGUUGUUGGCUGAGGUUGAGGGUAAGUCCGUCGAGGAGUUGAUUGCCGAGGGUAACGAGAAGUUGUCCUCUGUCCCAACCGGUGCUGCUGCUGGUGCUUCUUCUGGUGCUGGUGCUUCUGGUUCUACCGAGGAGGCUGCUGAGGAGAAGGAGGAAGAGGCUGCUGAGGAGUCUGACGACGACAUGGGUUUCGGUUUGUUCGAUUAA